UCAGGAUGGGUCUUGCAAUAUAAGCCAUAGUUUCCUCCUGCCUCCUGCCCACCUCUGGACGACUCGACUCCAUGAUUAGUUAUAACUUACAACACUGAGAUAGUUAGAUUUGACGAAUUGAAGAUGGAGAUUGCCAUAUCUGCAAUAACAGGUGAACUUGUGAGCCGAUUCGUCUCAGUCCUCGCCAACAAGUACCACUCCGCAUACUCAGAAGACAAGCAGCUGGAGAGGCUACAACAACUCUUGCUGAGAGUUGGCAUGGUCAUCGAGGAGGCGGACUCGCGAUGCAUCGCCAACUCAUGUAUGCUCAUACAACUGAAGAUGCUAGCUGCAGCCAUGUAUCGAGGCCACCAUGUGCUUGACACCAUCAGGUACAUGAAACACAAGGAGUUCUCAGAGGAACCGGUAUGUGACUCGUCCGCGUUAUCUGCUUCUACUCCUUACAAACGUUCUCGCACGAUCGGUAGUAAUACUAGUGCAGGAAGCAAGGUUUUCAGCUCAGAGUUACAGAGUGCUCUGCAGAACCUCGAGGCUGGUGUUGCUAACAUGGCAGAGUUCGUCGUGCUUUUGGGCGGAUGUGAGCGCAUCUCCCUCAGACCCUAUGAUGCCUACCUUUACAUUGACAACUUCAUGUUUGGUCGGCAUGUCGAGAAGCAGCAGAUCAUGAGAUUCUUGCUGCAACACAACACCACUCCUGAUUCUCCGGAUGUGCUUCCAGUCAUUGGCGGCAAUGGAGUUGGGAAGAAAACUCUUGUCUCCCGUGUAUGCAAUGACGAGAGGGUGCGUUCUCAGUUUUCUAUGGUUUUGCACCAGAAUGGAGACGAUCUUUUCAGAAUAACAGACCAUGAAAGGAUCUCAGGGAGGAAAUUGGUGGUUAUCGAGUUUGUUACAGAUGUAGAUGAAGAUGACUGGGCAACAUUUCAUCGUUCUAUCACGAAGAUGGACAGAGGAAGCAAGGUGAUAAUCAUAGGAAGAAACGCAGGCUUGGAGAAGUUUGGAACCGUCAAGCCUAUCUCUCUGAUCUGUUUAUCAUUAGAAGAGUACAUCUACCUGUUCAAGACGCUCGCCUUCGGAAGCGCGAACCCCACCGACUACCCGCGACUAGUGGCGAUGGUGGAAGAGUUUGCCAUAGUGCUGGGAGGUUCACUCAUCUCAGCGAAUGUUCUUGCAGAUGCACUGAGGAAAAACCUGAGUUCCCGUUUCUGGCUGUACAGGUUGAAUAGGGCCAGAGAUACUGUGAAGAAGAACAUCUCUCGUUUUGGCGCGCAUCCGCAGGAGCUCUUUAGCCGAGGUCGUCCUGUGCACCUAAUCGGCCACUACAUCUUGUCUCCAGCUGCUCCAUCACGCAUCGUAGAGUCUGCUAACGGAGUGACCAGUGUUCUUGAAGAAGGUGUACCUAGGAUUAUGUUUGGGGACCUGAUAGCACAAGAAGGUCAUGUUGUUUUGCCCAGAGGUGAUUUUAGGCUGAUUUCAUGGGAAUCGAGGCUACCGCCAUAUACUUCAUUUGUCCACUUGGUGCAAUCUGCCCCGAGUUGUAUCGAUGAUAAGCCCGAAACACCCUUGUCGGGGAGGAAGCGCCCAGGUCUAUUUUGAGACCUCAUGAGUUGUGCUAUGCUAAUUACAAACAGUGCUACGGAUGUGCUUAAUUCGGUAUAUUGCCUCCUCAUUUGGAACAAAAAAAUGAUCUAUCGUAGUAGCUUCAUUUGGCAGUGAGUAAAGCCCAGAAUUUAUUUGAUCCAAACAAAAAGAUCUUUCCUUGUCCACAAACAUAACUAGUCUCAACCAUAGACAGGAAAUGGAUGCAACGUCUUGGUUCGAACUUACUGAGUUUAUUUGAGUGUUAAAAUAAUGCAAUUGUUCUGGUAUUAACAGGUAGACCCAGCCCAAUCAAAGGCGAAAGGAAAGUAUCAAUCGCCUUGGCUGACAAACCAAAAAUAUCACAUGUUUUUAAGUUAAGUCACAAAGGCACUUUGCAGGCUCAUAAAGCUCAAAUAAUAUGGUAUGAGGCUACGAACACAUUCGAUGUGGAAGUUUCUAGUCAAGAAAGGAUUUUAUAGAUGGAAGAUUGACUCCACACUUUUCCUGGUAAAUGGCCGACAUUGAUUAUUGGCAUGUGAAAAAUAUAAGAACUUUGAUUGAACUAAAUAUGCAUUUAUUUUAGAAAUCGGUACACUGAAUCCACACAAAAAAAUACA